UGUGCAACAUUCUGGAUGGCAUAUAAAAUGCCAGGUAGAUUCCAAUGAUACAAUAAUUUUUGAGGGACAGCGCAAGCCUCGCAGCCUCCCAGGGCCCAACCCACAGCCAGCGAGCUCCGAUGCCCAGAGAGGCAGGAAACGGGGCCAGCCAGGGGGACUCGAGAGCGGCUGCACUUUCCUGUCCCCCGCCGAGGAGAGCGGAGGAGCAGCGGCCCGUGGCCUGGCGAGUUUCCCCGGAGAGGAGCCGGAUUCCGGUGCAGGGACGGAGCGAGGAGUCCGAGACUCCCAAACAGGUGAGGAAGAUGAAGGUCAGAAUUCUAUGGAGCCACAUGUGAAUUUAUGGGGGGAAACAAAGAAAUUGAGGAUACAACAAAAAACUCACAAACGAGAAAAACGAUUUGAAUGUUUUGAAUGUGGAAAGAGCUUCAGUGAAAGUCAAACACUUGGAAUACACCAACGAACUCACACAGGGGAGAAACCAUUUAGAUGUAUUGAAUGUGGAAAGAGCUUCAGUACAAGUGGGAAACUUAGAGUACACCAACGAACUCAUACAGGGGAGAAACCAUUUAGAUGUAUUGAAUGUGGAAAGAGCUUCAGUCGAAAUGAUACACUUAGAAUACACCAACGAACUCAUACAAGGGAAAAACCAUUUAAAUGUAUUGAAUGUGGAAAGAGCUUCAGUACAAGUGGGAAACUUAGAAUACACCAACGAACUCACACAGGGGAGAAACCAUUUCAAUGUAUGGAAUGUGGAAAGAGCUUCAGUGAUAGGGGAUCACUUAGAAUACACCAACGAACUCACACUGGGGAGAAACCAUUUAAAUGUACUGUAUGUGGAAAGAGCUUCAGUGAUAGUGGAUCACUUAGAAUACACCAACGAACUCACACAGGGGAGAAACCAUUUAAAUGUAUUGAAUGUGGAAAGAGCUUCAGUGAUAGUGGAUCACUUAGAAUACACCAACGAACUCACACAGGGGAGAAGCCAUUUAAAUGUAUUGAAUGUGGAAAGAGCUUCAGUACAAGUGGGAAACUUAGAAGACACCAACAAAGUCACACGGGGGAGAAACCAUUUCAAUGUAUGGAAUGUGAAAAGAGCUUCAGUGAUAGGGGAUCACUUAGAAUACACCAACGAACUCAUACAGGGGAGAAACCAUUUCAAUGUAUUGAAUGUGGAAAGAACUUCAGUGAAAGUAGAGCACUUAGAAGACAUCAACGAACUCACACAGGAGAGAAACUAUUUGAAUGUAUUGAAUGUGGAAAGAGCUUCAGUCGAAAUGAUACACUUAGAAUACACCAACGAACUCAUACAGGGGAGAAACCAUUUAAAUGUAUUGAAUGUGGAAAGAGCUUCAGUGAAAAUGAAGCACUUAGAAGACACCAACGAACUCAUACAGGGGAGAAACUAUUUGAAUGUACGGCAUGUGGAAAGAGCUUCAGUCAAAGUGUAGCACUUAGAAUACACCAAAGAACUCACACAGGGGAGAAACCAUUUGAAUGUUUUGAGUGUGGAAAGAGCUUCAGUGAAAGUGGAGCACUUAGAAGACACCAACAAACUCAUACAGGGGAGAAACUAUUUGAAUGUACGGCAUGUGGAAAGAGCUUCAGUCAAAGUGGAAAACUUAGAAUACACCAAAGAAUUCACACAGGGGAGAAACCAUUUGAAUGUUUUGAGUGUGGAAAGAGCUUCAGUGAAAGUGUAGCACUCAGAAGACACCAACAAACUCACACAGGGGAGAAACCAUUUGAAUGUUUUGAGUGUGGAAAGAGCUUCAGUGUUAGUGGAUCACUUAGAAUACACCAACAAACUCACACAGGGAAGAAACCAUUUAAAUGUAUUGAAUGUGGAAACAGUUUCAGUGAUAGUGGAUCACUUAGAAUACACCAACAAACUCAUACAGGGGAGAGACCAUUUAAAUGUGUUGAAUGUGGAAAGAGCUUCAGUCGAAAUGAUACACUUAGAAGACACAAACGAACUCAUACAGGGGAGAAACCAUUUGAAUGUAUUGAAUGUGGAAAGAGCUUCAGUACAAGUGGAAAACUUAGAAUACACCAAAGAAUUCACACAGGGGAGAAACCAUUUAAAUGUAUUGAAUGUGGAAAGAGCUUCAGUGAAAGUGGAGCACUUAGAAGACAUCAACGAACUCACACAGGGGAGAAACCAUUUGAAUGUUUUGAGUGUAGAAAGAGCUUCAGUGAAAUUGGAUCACUUAGAAUACACCAACGAACUCACACAGGGGAGAAACCAUUUAGAUGUAUUGAAUGUGGAAAGAGUUUUAGCAUAAGCGGAGCACUUAGAAUGCACCAACGAACUCACACAGGGGAGAAACUAUUUAAAUGUAUUGAAUGUGGAAAGAGCUACAGUCAAAGUGGAUCACUUAGAAGACACCAACGAACUCACACAGUGGAGAAACCAUUUAAAUGUAUUGAAUGUGGAAAGAGCUACAGUCUAAGUGGAGCACUUAGAAUACACCAACGAACUCACACAGGGGAGAAACCAUUUAAAUGUAUUGAAUGUGGAAAGAGCUUCAGUGAAAGUGGAGCACUUAGAAGACAUCAACGAACUCACACAGGGGAAAAAUCACAGAUACUUUAAUAAACCGUAUAAGUGUUCUUUACCUUUCCUUCUAUGCUUCCCUGCAAUACUGAUAAAAUCAAACCACGCGAAUGCUUUCAGCCCCAGAAGAGGAGCUCCCCUUGGUGUCAGGGGAGGGGUCCAAGGGAGCAUCUGAAGCCCUGCCAUUCCUUCUGUCCCUGGCCCCUUCCCCUCCUCUCUCUGCCAUCCCAGGGCCACUCUUGACUCCACAGCAGGAGACUGGAUCUGUCUGUGAUGGUGAGAUGUCCUGGCUGGUUGAAGGACCACUUCCUGUUUCCUGGAGCUCCAUCCUUUCUCAUGCAGGGUGGAGUCAUGAAGCAGGUGAAGGCUCAGCACACCUAAGGGUGGCGCAGCGGGUGGGUGGGAUUCUGCUUAACCUUUCCCCGUCUGCUCCUUUAAUGGAUCCAAAUCCCCACACCAAAAGGGGCAGUGUGAGGGCGCAAUCAGUGUUAUGGAGCUGCACUGAAAAUCAUUUCUUUGUGACUGUAAGAGGCCCUUCUCAAAAAAACAAGCAUCAAGAGAAUUUAAGUUAUAGAAUUUAAAACAAACAGAUAAUUACAAAAAAAGAAAGCAGUCUGGUGCCACAUUGCGUAGGAGUUACUUUAGCACACUUUACCUGUGGCUUCCUUUGAAAAGAGCUCAGAAACUUCAAUGGCUCAAAGAGCUGCAGACACUUUGCUGACCAGGGCUGGCUAUAGGCAGCAUAGGACUCCCAUAUUAGUACAGCUCCGUCUGCCUAAUUGUCUGUUUCUGGACACAAUCAAUGUGUCCACAAGAAGAGGAAGAUAGAUUUGAGGAAGGCCAACCUGCAGAGGCACUACAAGUCGAAGCACAUCCAGUACCAGGAGUUCCAAGGGCAGCUGCACCAGGAGAAGGUCAAGGCGCUGAAAACGGACCUGUUGGGUAACCUGUGGCCCCUCCAGAUGAUGUGAAAUUGCAACUCACGUCUUCUUUAGCCGUUGGCCACGCUGGCUGGGGCUCAUGGGAGCUGGAGUCCAAGGAUCUAGGUGCACAAAGGCCGGGGACAUUUCAAAUCCCUCCUCAGUCGUGAAGCCGAUUGGGCGACUUAAAGCUGGUCACCAUCUUUAUGCAAAACCUCCCUCGCAGGGUUGCUGUGUGCGUGAAAGCAAUAUAUCUUGUGGUGGGCUUGAUGAGGGGAGUGUGGAACAGAAAUGUAAUUCAUAGGUAAGAAGACAGGAAAUAGUUCUGAAUCUGACUGAAAAUAAAGGAUUCUUUGU